CCAAAUAUAAUGUCAUGCUAUAUUUGAUAGUGGAGUUAAUCAUUUUGGGGCUUUGAGCGAAAGGGAGAUGGACAAUGUAUCUUAUCUUAUCAUUGAGUGUUCACUUUAUAUCACGAAUUGGUUGAUCGGAGAGUGAAGAGAGCAACCUAGGUGCCAGUUGAUUGCUGAAGUGGCUCUUGGCAUUUACCAAUUGCCCGCGCAAUAUUUCAGUGGUCAGCGAAUUCGCAGGAAGGACAGUCUUCCACAAACCAUCCGGAAAGUCCAAACGUCGCGAAGUUCCAUACUAAUCUAAAUAUUUUGUUUGCAAUUUCGAAACGGGAAAUCCCGGUCAGACUCGAGGAGGUCACUUAAGGAUUCUGCCCAGUCCAUUGAGAAGUACAAUAGAGACUCCAGAGAGAAUUACGGAAACAAAAAUUUCUUUCAUGUGGUAAAGAAGAAGAAACACCAGCCAAAUGUUGAACUAUAUGUUUCGACGUCCAGCCAGCAUGACCAAGACCACAUACAACAAAAAAGAGAUCAAAUCCUUCACAAAGAGCUUCGAGAAGGCCAUCAAGAUCCUCUUGCUGGGCACUGGAGAGUCUGGAAAGUCCACCAUUAUAAAUCAAAUGAAGAUCCUCCAUAUUAAUGAAUUUACGACUCAAGAACGCCUCGAACGUGUCCCAAUUAUACGGCAGAAUCUCCAUGAGUCCAUGUAUGACAUUGUGUCGAAUGUGGAGCGCCUGGGUUUGAGCUUUGACAGCCCGGCUAAUCGCCAGAGUGCUCAGUGGGUACUCAAGAUGGGAAAAAUUCUAAACGAUGAUUUCAAGCCGGAAGAAACCUAUGUGGAGCACAUUGAAAAUCUUUGGUACGAUCGGGGUGUUCAGGAGUGCUUUCGUAGGUCAAAUGAGUAUCAGCUGAACGAUAGUGCAAAAUAUUUUAUCGAUCGAGUGCAAAUUGUCUCCAAGGCAGACUACAUCCCAUCCACGGAUGACAUUCUCCACAGUAGGAAAAUCACAACAACUAUUCAUGAAAUUAAGUUCAACGUUAAGAUACCAAAGGACAUGGGAGGAGGUUUGCAGGAAUUCCGCAUGUUUGACGUUGGUGGGCAGCGGGAUCAACGCAAUAAGUGGAUGUACGUUUUCGAUGGUAUUGAUGCUGUGCUGUUUCUGAUCUCCUGUGGAGAUUUCGAUCAAACUCUGCGGGAAGAUCCACAGCAAAAUCGCCUCAAUGAGGCGCUGAAGCUCUUCCGCGGGGUUUGGCAUAACAGAUUCUUGGUGUCUGCAGGCAUCAUCUGCUUCCUCAACAAGCAGGAUAUUAUGGAGAGGAAGAUCAAUGCGGGAAAAUCCAUUGGACAAUAUUUUCCAGACUACAAUAACUAUCGCGUUUCUUCGAAAGAUGGAAGCGUUUUUGAUGAAUGCAACAAGACCAGAUGCUUCAUCCGACACAAACUCGUUGAGAUCACCAGCGAAACCCCUAGGCCAAUUAUGAAUAAGGAAUGUGUGAGAAAAGAAUGCUACUUCCACUUUACCGUUGCCACGGACACCAAUAACAUAAGGAGAGUAUUCUACGACGUCCACAGUAUGAUUCUCAACGAUAUUCUAUCCCGUAUCGGACUACUUUAGUGCUCUAAUUCUUGUUUUACUAUUAUAUGUUUAUUUCCAAACAUUUGUGUUUGUCCAGGAUAAGUUACAUUAACUGUGAUUAAAAGUCCCUCAGGGAAAAUUUUAA